UCAAAUUUCUGAUACUUAAACUCUAUUAAAAACACAUUUAAACAUUUUAACAUUCAUAAAACGUAAUAUUUAUGUACCGCUGUCUAUGUUGAAGCUCUAAUCUCUUUGUAAGAUCCCUUUUAUACAGAAAAGUCGUUGUUUCUUUCAUUUAAAAAUAGCUUUCAUCUUUCAUUACAGCUCCUUGUGUCUCCUUAGCAACGGGCAACGUCAGAUAAACAAUAUGGCGGGCCAAGAUUUGCUAAUUUUUGACGGAAAUUCUGAAAUAAACCGCGUUAAAUCGACCACAAUCAGACAAACAUCUUACCAGAACAUUUCUUUAAAUGACUACGAUUCAGCAAAGUCAACUCCUGUAUUUUACGGCUCGUUUCCCAGACGAAUAACCGAAAUUUCAGGAGGCGAUAAUGAACAUAUGUCAAAUGCGUCUCAAAUGCGGUUAAAUUUGGCAAACAUGGACGAAGAAAAUUGUGAUAAAAAAGAGACUGUUUCAAAGUUCGACGCGGCUAUAGCACAUCCUGCAACAUUUGGUUACGUAUUGCUGGAUAAAGUGCCUGUUGUCGAGGAAAGUGUAAAAUGCGAGUGCCCCACACCCGACCCGUUGAAAUGCACUCCGAGGGAAUAUUGUGAAUAUUAUAUCUUUCCAAUUCUUUUACCUGCUCUGGAAGAAAUGUUGAUUGAAGCCAAAGCUAAUAAAGUAUUCGAGAAACGGCGGACAAAGUUUAAUGCUUGUGACUUUCUAACAAGUUACCUUUUUAGUCACAACCCAAAGUAUAAUGACAGAGAAGGUAUUGCAUUGGAAAAAAUACCUUUUGUACAAGAAAUUUUGGCUGUUAGUCCUCGCCCUCCAAUACCUUUGUCUCUACUUCUCUCUGACGAUGAAGCAGCAACAAUUAUUCAAGCUUUUUAUAAAGGAUACAAAGUAAGAAAAGAGCCAGACGUUCAAGAACUUCGUCAAUAUCAAAGAGAAAUGAGAGAAGAAGAAUGCGAGAUUAACUUUAGAGUUGAAGACUUUUGGCGAAAACAUUCAAUACACAAGGACUGUUAAUUAUUCAUAUAUAUGUUUCUUAAUGUGUUCAAUGUUUUACAGUUAUUAAGUUAUACAUUAUAGCAAGGCAGAGCUAAGUGCUAGAAUAGCUAGGGUGCAUUUGGAAACAUUUUUUUUUUCUUUGGCCAUAACAGAUCUUUUAUAGAAAGAAUGAAAGAAAAUAAAAUCAGCGCUUAAAAUAGGAUAUAAGUAUUAAACAAUUAGCUACUUAAUGGUUUCCUUAUUUAGACUUAAGACUUUACAGGGUGUCUCAAAAAAAAC